AUGCGGAUCUCCUUCCUCCUUCUCGCAGCCUCUCUGUGCGCCUCUGUCCUCCUCCUCGCACCUGUCUCGGAGGGCUGCGGGCCGGGGAGAGGAUACGGCAAGAGGCGGCUCCCCAAGAAGCUCAUCCCGCUCGCCUACAAGCAAUUCAGCCCGAACGUGGCCGAGAAGACUUUGGGAGCAAGCGGGCGACCCGAGGGAAAAAUUACCCGCAACUCCGAGCGCUUCAAGGAGCUCACCCCGAACUAUAACACUGAUAUAAUCUUUAAAGAUGAGGAGGACACCGGUGCAGACAGACUCAUGACUCAGCGGUGUAAAGACAAGCUAAACUCUUUGGCCAUCUCUGUGAUGAACAUGUGGCCAGGUGUGAAGCUCAGAGUAACAGAGGGAUGGGAUGAGGAUGGCCAUCACUCAACAGACUCUCUACACUAUGAGGGGCGUGCAGUGGAUAUCACCACCUCAGAUAGGGACAGAAAUAAGUACGCCAUGUUGGCCCGCUUGGCUGUAGAGGCAGGAUUUGACUGGGUCUAUUACGAGUCCAAAGCCCACAUUCACUGUAGCGUCAAGUCAGAGCACUCCGUUGCAGCUAAAACAGGGGGUUGUUUCCCUGGCGAUGCUCAGGUCAUCACUGAGGGCGGACACAUAAAACACAUGCGUGACCUUAUCCCUGGAGACCGUGUCCUGGCAUCCUCCUCAACAGACGUCAAAGCUGCGCUCCUCUACAGCCCCAUUGUGUCCUUUUUGGAUCGCCAGCCCAAUGCAACAAGGACCUUCUAUGUUAUCAGAACAGACGGGGGACAUAACAUUACUCUCACAGCUGCUCACCUGAUUUUUGUCGCAGACUGUGCCCACAGAUCCAACAGGUCAGGGCGAGGAGAACCGUCUGAAGAAGCCAUGAGUUUUGCUUUCUUUGGGCAGAGGAGGGAAGCUGAAGCAGGUAUGAGGACCAUUUUUGCCAGUGAAGUCCAGCCUGGACAGUGUGUGUUUUCAUCUUCUGGCAGAUCAAAUUCACGUCCAAAACUCUCGGUGGUGACCUUUGUCGAGGAGCUGACAAGCACUGGGUUAUAUGCUCCUCUUACUCAGCAUGGCUCUAUAGUGGUGAAUGGCGUGUUAGCAUCUUGCUACGCUGCUGUGGACAGUCAUUAUUUGUCCCACUGGGUCUUGGCUCCAUUGAGACUUGUUUACUGGAUGAUAGGACCUUCACAAGUGCAAAAUGAUGGGGUGCACUGGUACCCCUUGAUUCUGCAGUGGCUGGGAAAGGUGCUACUGGGCACUGAACACUUCCACCCCUUGGGCUUCUGACCAGUGACAAUUAAGCGAGGAAGAAGGAGACAUUUCAGGAUGAUGUAAUCUUCAAGCAGGGGCACAAUGAAGAAAAGCACAACUGUAUUUAUAUGAAAACGGAUUUAAAGCAUACACAUAUUUUUUACUCACUCCAAAUGCCUGAAUUUGUUGUACUUUUACAAAUCUAAAUCUGUCAUUGUUUUAGACAUUAAGAGAGGAAUGAUUUCCAUUGCAUUGAUAGCAGAAGACUGACAACAAAAGCUCUUAUUCAUAUUAAAACCAAAUUUUUCUUUCAUUUUUUUAUAUUCUUACAUUUACUGUCACCAGCUGUACUGUCUGUUUAGAUUUAACCUUUAUCCCCAUUAUGUGAGACUGGAAAGAGAAUGGAAAUGCAUAAAUAUUUGAUGAAUAGUAAGAGGAAGAUUGGAACAAGUUUAUGAAGCUUUUAUAUGUACCGGUAAAUAGAUAUUUAUACACUUAAUCCUAAAUAGGAAUUAAUUAAAGGUUUACUUACAAAGGUUUCUUUUAUCAAUCGUUUUUAAAUCUAGAGCUUUUGUUUUAGUUUUAUCUUAAAGGUAUAGUGGAGGAUUUUCACAAAUCUUUGAAACGACCCACCCUCUCCAUCAAAAAAAAUAAAAUAAAUGCACAUGGACAACCCUGUACCUCUUGCACGCUCUAUUUAAAAGUUGCAGUCUGCAGUUUUCCACUAUAUCAGGCUCACCACCGGUAAGUGAAAUUGGGGACUAGCAUGUAGGACGACCUCAUGUGAACAUAUCACCAGAAUGAUUGGCAAUUAGGAGAACCACUUAUUUUAAUGAUCCACCUGGAAAAAUAACAUCUACUAUACCUUUAAAUCAAGUCAACUUAAACGUAAAACUCUUAUAUAGAGCAAAUAUGGCAGGAACUGUAGGCUUAUACAAAAGCACAACACUUCUCUUUCCAAGUAAAUAAAAAA